CUUUACUCUGCUCUGUCAGUUUUAAAAUGUAUUUUAUAGGCAUAACUUCAAAUAAUUUGCCAAAUUGAGGACAAUGUUCUUUAUAUUCUUUAUACAAAUUAUUCUUCUCACAUCUUAUGACUGUGUAAGUGUUACUUGGGAACAGCGGUCGACGCGGGACGCCAAUGUGGCUCACACGAUUUGUGCUCAUCUCUAAAGUGCUGGCAAACAGCGUCCGCUUGUGUAAAAAUGCGUUUUCACAUGAACGGCAGCAGCGACGACAGUGAUAUUGUGGCUUCCACAGCUACCGCCGAGCACAUUCGCAAAUUUGUAUUCAGCUGCAGCGUUGGAGGCGGCGGUGAUACAACCGUAGAUCGUCUAGAAAUUAGAAUACCAGAGAUUCUACAGGGAGCCUACUCAUUUUAUACCUGGCCCAGCGCCCCAGUUCUCGCCUACUUCCUUUGGGAGCGUCGGCAAACACUUGCGUGCAAGCGCAUAUUAGAACUUGGUGCUGGAACUGCAUUGCCCGGCAUACUGGCUGCCAAAUGCGGUGCUCAGGUGGUGCUCAGCGACAAUUGUAUUCUACCCAAAUCCCUAGCGCACAUACGCAAAUCCUGCCUAGCCAAUCAAUUGCAACCAGGCGUUGACAUUGACGUCGUUGGUCUAAGCUGGGGGCUGUUGCUAAAUAGCGUUUUUCGGCUGCCCGCAUUGGACCUUAUAAUAGCGGCAGAUUGCUUCUACGAUCCCAGCGUAUUUGAGGAUAUCAUUGUGACUGUGGCGUUCCUGUUGGAGCGCAAUCGUGGAGCGAAAUUUAUAUUCACAUACCAGGAGCGCAGCGCGGAUUGGUCAAUAGAAGCGUUACUUAAGAAAUGGAAACUACAUGCAUCGAGCAUAAAUAUGGAUGAUAUUGGCAAGCAGUCCGGCGUGGAUUUGCUUGAAUACAUGGGUGGACACACGAUACACCUGCUAGAGAUAACGCUCAUCGAGCCACAACACGUGGGUGACUUAGUGGAGUAAAAAAUAAACAAAAAAUUAACCAGAAU